AUGGAGCCUGUUAUGCACAUCGGGGGUGGAAACCUGGGAAUAUAUACAUGGGCUGGAACGCAGAGGCUGUCAGUUGCAAGACAUUGCCUGAGCUGGGACUGUCACAUGGCAACCAGCCAAGGCACCCCGAGUCUGUUCUUCUCUCUACCAAAUGCCGUGAAAUACCAUAUAUACGGUACGUGCGCCAUGGUCGAGCCAGCCACGGACCAGGAAAGUGUCGAACUGCCGAAGUGGGAAGGGCCAGGAACGACUCUCCGCGGCGUCAAGGCUGAUAUUGAGUUUCUAGAUGGAGGAUCCGAGCCAGUCACCCCGGCGGAGAGAAUGGCUGGUGGAUGGCUAGGUUUCAGAAGCUUAGACGUGGCUUACUGUGAUAGUUCAGCCGCUGCGCGAGGACCGUCUCGCACACCUUCCUCCUGCCAUGCUCCCCAGACAGCCACCGCCGUUGGACCAGAACGGAAGGAUGGUCGUGUUGCGCGCACGAGUAUGUGUGGGGUUGGUUCGCUGGUGAAAAUCGCUUGCCCAGAUAGGCUUGCUUCUGCAAGACUCCAUAGGCCAAGGCCAGGAAUGGGCCUUCAACGCCAACGCAGUGCAAUGCAAUGCAACUCAAAAUGGCGAUAUUGGGAAAAUGUCGGGACGCAAGGGGCAGACAAUGCAGCACUAGCAGAGCUGGGAUUGCCCGAUUGGGAUCCACCCCCUACAGAGUACUCUCCACUCGCCCUCCCGAGCAAAAGAACCGUAGCUGAUAACUGUUCUGGACAAUUAUUCCAGUGGCUUCCCCCGAGAAAGGUCGAGAAAAGAGGGAAGAAAGAUGAAUUCCUUCCCGAACGGUCGCACAGGAGACAUUGCACUGGGAUGAUGUACCUGCAGCAGGCUUUUGACUGUCCUGUUGACCUCCCGGGAGGGCAUAUUGUGAAUGUUGAAGGCGCUGCGGAUGAAGAUCUUUGGGCAAAUGGAAAGAAGUGCCGCUGCUUGUCAGAGCUUCUAUCCGGUCAGACAAACGGGAAUGGAGCCUCUAGGCUAAGGGGAGGGAAUAUCAAGGAUCCGGCUGAUCGUGGUCUUGGCAGCAUCGUCAAUGCAGUGGAUUCAAAUCUCACCGCAGGAACCCUUUUGAAGAUCUCAACGCCCUUGAAUUGUCCGGAACCUUCUCCCAAUGGGCUUCUCUCAAUGGGCGGGAUUAAGGGAUCUGUGACUGAUGAAUUGUGGCUCGCUGAGCUCGGGCCAGAACAGUCAAGGGAGGCCAUUAUUUCCGGAAGAUUGUCUGUCCGUUCCACUUUGCUUGCUCCGAAUGCUGCGACGCACGGUUUCUGGGUAGUCGUCAAGAUCAGCGGUGCAGGGUGCUUGGAUAACAGCAGUAGGGAGUGCGGGAGAUCAAGAAUAGCGAUCCUACCGGGCCAGCGACGUGUAUGCGGAGUACGCACUCCCAUUCUGUCCGCGAUAAUGCACAAAUCCCGACCUAUCCCAAAAGGAUCCCUGUUGCCCUCGGACCAGAAGCCCGACAUGUUCGACCAAGCUCAAGCUCAUGAUUCAAUAGACAAACCCUGGGGAACUGUCAGACCCGCCCACAGACACCCAUUCAUUAGCGUCGCACCGGUUAGUGGAGUUAGCAGCCAGUGGCUAAGUACGAUAUUGGUAGGCCAUUACAUUGUCAAGAACCUCCGACCGCAAUUCCUGACCGAAGGCACUGCCAUAGAUUUUGGGGGAAAGCCGGACUGUUGUCCGCAACUUCAUGGAAAGUCCAUGAUUGCUGGGAAAUUACAAGCCACAGUGAAGGUCGUCGCUCAACCCAUCAUCUGGAUAGAGUGUUUCGCGGCCAAAGGUCCCAAGGCAGUACCUUAUCAGCACGAAAGUACUAGGGGGGAAGCAAACAACGUGUCCGACCGAUUGACUUGUCCGGCUGGUGGUUCUUUUUCGCAUGGGAGUAACGGGGUUCAUGCCCAGAGAAUCGAAGCAUUGGCUGACGCGUGA